GAAAUCGAACGCGCUUCACCGAAAUUUCGCUAAACUUGGCGGGCAAUAUGUCAGCUUCCGUGGUAGUUGUAAUGGGCCGCUACAUAGUGCAGCGGUAGUGUAAAAAGUCGUGAUUAAAUGCCAGAAUUCGGAGCCGCUUUCGCCACACGUACCGUACUACCGCACGAUGACAACGAAAACUCAAGUUUACCUGCAAAAUUUCUUCAUCUACAACCCCACCUACGGCCAAAAAGAGGACGAAGAACAUAAGAAGAUUAUUUAUUACUACCCGGAAAAUGCAGAGCAGGAUGUCAAGCUACGCAAUGUUGGUCUGUGCGAGGCGCUGGUCAGCUUCACGCAGACUUUUUCGCCAUCCACGCCGUGCGAAGUGCUCCACACCCAACGGACGAGGCAGUUCUUCUUACAGCCCGAGGAAAACUUCUGGAUGGUCAUGACGGUGGGACUGCCGACGCAGCAGAAGACGCGCAACGGGCAGCUCUACGUUGAACAUCUUUCCGAGGACAUUCAGGACAACGUUUACCAGGCGGUGCUAGAGGCGGUCUACAAGGCGUUUCGUAUGUUUGUUGGGUCGCUUUCUGAUCUUUUGUCGGACAAGUCGAACAAGGAGGUGAUCCGGGAUUACUUCGACAAGCAUGUUCCGCGGCUACGCCUGCAGCAUGCGGACAUCCUGGACAUCUUCCGGGGCAUCCAGUUCCUCCCGUUGGACAAACAUUCCUUCCUCAAGGUGCAGUGCUUCAUCAACCACCUGGAAAGCAGAUUCAGGCAGCUCAAGUAUUCCGUUUUCCUCUGCAAUGACUUGCUUGUCUGGAGCGGCCUAGACCAGGGAGACAUGCAGGUUCUGUACCAGUACUUGGUCCACAGCGUUCUUCAGACCGCCGUUGAAUCGGAGCUUCUUCCCGGCUUCUCGCUGUCACCGCGGCAGUCUGCCAGCACGUCGCAAUCUAGGUUCUUGUACGGUCCGGUCGAUGACGAAGCCACCCUGUCUCGGAUACAGCGAGUCUACAUCGCAGCCGACUGUGCGGCCGAUUGUGACCGUACGGCCGACCGCGAGCAAUGCUACCUCCUCGUUUUCAGGGCCUACAGUGCCACACUGUGCCUGCUCGUUCGAGCGACGGGCGACGACAUGACGCAGCCUUUCCUAAAGGAGCUCGACGCGUACCUGGCCAGCGAGUUGACGGCUCUCGCCAAUGACAUUGGCAAGCAUUGCACAAAGCUGUCUGGUCUUUCUUCGAUGGACCAGCAGAGCAAGUACAUCUACUUCAACCGGAUGAACCUGGCCCAAAAGUCGACGGUGCAUUCGGAGCGGCGGGCAGGCAUCGUUGUGCCCUCCGAACUGGUCCGCUUCUUGGCGGACAUCAACGAAGACCUGGCACAGGUGGAAGAAGCUGGCGAACUCGUUGCCAAGACGACGAGCGAGUGGUGGGUGGUGGGCAAGUUUUCGGACCAACGGGAGUUCUACGUCAUCCUCAACCAGAAGAGCGCCAACAUCAUUCAAAUCAGCGAUGAAGUCAAGAGGUUGUGUGCAAGCCAGUUCCAGAACAUCUUCUUUCUAGACUGACUUGUAUCGUAGGAGCAACGACCUCGUUGUAAAUAAUGCUUCCAGAAUGGCAGAGAAGAACUGUACAACUUGUAAAAUGGACUCCGAAGAAGACAUCAUUGUUUUGUUUUUUUGCAGAGUAAAAAAAGAGGACACCGCAAA